AGUCAAACUCCAAAGGCCGAACUGCAAAGCCUGCAGAAGGAUCUUGUUAUGUUGAAAGCCCAGCUGUAAGGCUGCAAAUAAAAUUCAGUACAUACCAAUGAAAUGUAAUGCAUAUGGAAGGGAAUGUAAUCCUAACUUUAUACACAAAAGGAAAGCUUGAACUGACUGUUUUUACUGGGGAAAAGAUCAUAGGACGUAGGUAAUCCUAUGAAAAAAUAAGCUCUGUGCCCUGCAGUGGCUCAGGAAGCAGAAGGCAGGUUGGAAUUAUUAGGAAGGAGUAAAACAUGGAAAAGUAAGCAUCAUCAUGCUACCAUAAACCCCUAUUGCUCCCCUCUCCUGAACAGCAUUAACAAUUUCUGUUUCCCCAUCUCAGAAAGGGUGCAGUGAAACCGGCAGAGCUGCAGAGAAAGGCAUUGAGGACAAUCAGGUGGAUAGAACAGCUUUUGUGAAAGACUGGGCGCCUCAGCUUGGCCAGGAGAUGGCUGAGGAGGAUAUGGGAAUGUUCCUUGAAAUCAUCAGUGUAAUGAGAAGAACGAACAGGCAGCGGGGAGCAGCUCCUUCCAGCGCAGGUAACAAUGCCUGUCGAAAGAAUGCGGAUGCGCCCAUGGCUGGAAGAACAAAUAAAUUCUAACACAAUACCAGGGCUGAAAUGGCUAAAUAAGGAGAAGAAGAUUUUUCAGAUUCCCUGGAUGCAUGCUGCAAGACAUGGGUGGGAUGUUGAAAAAGAUGCUCCGUUAUUUAGAAACUGGGCAAUUCACACAGGAAAAUACCAGUCAGGAGUAGAUAAACCCGACCCAAAGACAUGGAAGGCAAACUUCCGGUGUGCUAUGAACUCUCUGCCUGAUAUAGAAGAAGUGAAGGACAGAAGUAUAAAGAAAGGAAACAAUGCCUUCAGGGUGUACCGGAUGCUGCCGUUAUCUGAAAGACCUUCCAAAAAAGGGAAAAAAACGAAGUCUGAGAAGGAUGACAAGUUCAAACAAAUUAAGCAAGAGCCAGUUGAAUCAUCUUUUGGGAUUAAUGGGCUAAAUGAUGUUACUUCUGACUAUUUCCUGUCCUCCAGUAUAAAAAAUGAAGUUGACAGUACAGUGAACAUUGUAGGUAAGUACUCCUGUGCUUUUCAUAUAUGCUAAGCAUACAGGUGAAUUAAAAGACAAAUACAUGAAAUAGGUAAUGCCAGAAAAAA